UAACAACAUAAGAAAGUGGAAAAUUGCUCGUAAAAACAAUUUGUUAGUUGUACCACUAAAAAAAUUACAGUACAAUCGCAUACUAGGCGAAGCAUUUUUAUUUUCGUUUCCAAUCAAAUGCAAAAAACAAAUCCGUUUGAAAUAAAAGCGCUCCGAAAUCAACCUAAGCAAUAUGUAAAUACCGAAGCGAUAAUAAUGAAAAUAAAAUAGAAUUUCAUCGAUGUACAUAACUGUUUUUUGUUUCGGACCGAAAAGUGUGAAAGAAAGAAGUAUUUGUACGAUUCAUACGUAUAUAUAUGUAUAUAUAUAUAUGCACACAGAGGCAGAAGAGAAAGAAUCGAGACGAGGAAAUAUUCAUGUGCGAAAUAAAGUGUACUCGAUUUGUGUAAAUAUCAUAACAUCAUAUACAGAAAAAGAAAAAACGAACGAAUAAAAAUAAGAACGAGAAUUUGUGUUUCGGUGAAUCGAAACAUUCGGAUUUAUUGUUUGCAUCAAAUUAAAAACAUCACAUUAUGGACAACAAUGAAUCUGGCGGAGUUUAUGCGGCGGAAAAAAUCAUUAGAAAACGAUAUAAAAAGGGUAAAGUGGAGUAUCUAGUGAAGUGGCAGGGAUGGACGCCGCGAUAUAAUACGUGGGAGCCAGAGGAGAAUAUUUUGGAUACACGUUUAAUUCAAAUAUUCGAACGAACAAAUGAUUCAAUAGUGUCACGGAAACGACCAAAGAAACGCGAACGCAUUUUACAACCCGAACCAGACACCGAGGAAGAGGAGGAAGACGACGAUGAUGACGAGACAAUCGGUGAUCGUCUCAAUAAUUCAUUUACAAUUUCGAAUCAUUCGGAAAGGGAUCGAUCGUUCAAGACGAAAAGUACAGCUAUUCGUACAGUUAUUCCACCGAUAAAAGUGAAUUCGCUGUCAAGUAAGCAAUUAACCGAAUCGAAAGCCAGACAACAGCAACAACAGUAUAAUAAUUCCAAUGGCAGUACAUCAAUUGAUAUUCGACUAAAAUCGGACACCAGUUCGAGUCACAUAAAAAAGUCGUCGUCAGUGUCACAGCGGAAUGCCCGAAUAGGUUCAACAUCAUCGUCAAUUCUCAAUGACGAUAUGGUUGACACGAAUUCCAGUAGCAGCGAUGAUCAGCCAUUGAGUCAGUCGAGCGCUGGAAGCAAAAAACGUUCAAAGACUUUCAUAAGCACCGUCACAACAACACCGACCACCAAACGAAAAGUUGAAGUGCUGUCGAAGGAAUCGGGUAAAAUUGGUGUUACCAUUAAAACGUCACCCGAACCUGGACCACCAUCUAAUAAAUUAUUAUGUACAAAUGUGUCGGCCACACCGAUCACCGUUCCGAUCAAAACGGAGCCAGCUCCGCUUUCACCUGAAACGCCUGCCUCUCAUCCCGAAUCAAAUACACCACCGGAAAAGCCAUCAACAUCGACCACCAUCAAAAAUGAGGCGCCCACAGAUUCGCAUCUGGGCUCAUUCAAGUCAAUUGAAGAACCAGUUCAAAGUAAUCGCAUUGAAAAUAAUUCAGAGAGUGUAAAUAGUAGUAAAAUAGCAAAUGAUUUCAAAAUAGUUAAACGUGCGCCGCCAAUACCAACAUCACCGCGACCGGCACCGCCACGGCUCUGGUUGCCCAAAACGAAUCUAUCUGACCAAGUGAUCAUUACGGAUGUGACCGUCAACAAGGAAACGGUCACGAUUCGAGAGUGCAAAAAAGGCUUUUUUCAGCAAUAAAUGAAAAAAAAAACAAUGACGUCGACGACGAUGACGAUAAUGAUGAUGGAUGAGUUCAGUGAACGCCCAUCACAGGUCAUCAAGAUCAACAUAGUAUUGCAUGAAAGACAAGAGUAGGAAGGAAUACAAACAAAAACCCAAACAAACAUAGAGAAACACAGACAGAACAGGCAUCAUCGUAUAUUUUGAAUAUAUCAAUCCAUGCAUUAACCAGUAUUUAUUCUAAUCGUAAUCAAACAUCGUUAUCAAAUAUUCGGUCAACAUUUGACAAUACAAGGAUGAAAUUUACAAGAAAAAAAAACAAAAACAAAAACAAAGGAUCAAACCGAUCAAAAGCAGAGUAUGAAAUGGCAUGAACAAUGCAACGUUUGAUAGACGACACAAAACAGUUGAAACGAAUGUAACUGACAAAUGCAAAAUGAACAAAAUGAUAUGAAGCUCAACGUCUCGCAGAAAAGUGGUGUCAAUGGCUAAUUUACCAGGUAGUUAAAUGUAGCCGACAGCUAGCACGGAUUUUUUUUUCUGUUUCGCUUCACUCACUAAGUAGUUAAACAAAUGAAAUGAAAUGAAAUGAAUAUACGGAGUUUUGAACGGUUGAAAACCGUUUCCAAUUUGUUAAUUUCAUCAAUCAUAAUAUAUGCACCCGCAACAAACAAACAGACAAACAAACAAAAAUGAUAAUGACAAAAUAUUGUAAUUUUAUUAUAUUAUUAUUAUCAAUUAUUAUUAUUAUUAUUGAUUUAUGGUGAAAAAAAAGAGAACUGGACUACUUGAGCGACGAGAUGAAGAGAAAAAGCUGAAACAUUUAACAAACAAAAAGGAAGUAAAUGAACGUACAGAAUAGAAACGAAGUGAAUGGAAAAAAAAACUAAUUUAUUUUAGUUGUUUAAGUUUAAAAUUAGUAAUUAUUAAAUGUAAAUAUUUGAAUGUAAAUCAUACAAGUAAUAAAUUUAAAACUAUGCACAAUU